UGAAAAGUAAAUGCAAAAAUUACUUAAUUCCUUUGAACAUCUAACAUAACUAAAAAACGUGAAUUUUUAAAUUAAACUGUCUUGAAGUAACUUAAUAAAAAAUGAAUUUCGGCCCACCUCCGCCCCGAGAUGCAAAUACAAAAGCCCAAUUCUUCGAAAAUCCCGAUUUGGAUUCCUUGGCAAAACACUUUAUCGGUAACAUGCAACGAUAUCGCGAAAAUGUUGUAGUCCCAAAGAGUAAUGGACCUGUUCAGAUUAAAACUAAUGAAGAAAAAAUGAUUGAAAAAGCCGUUGAGAGCUGUACGUUUAAGUCCAUAACAUCGUGUGUAAUGGGUUACGGCUUGGGAGCUGCUAUUGGUCUAUUCACAGCAUCUGUUAAUCCUAAUAUGAUGGACCCCUUGGCAAAUGAUCGUAAACAGACGGCUCGUGAAAUUUUUAGAGAAAUGCGGGCUACAACACAUUCUUAUGCUAAAAAUUUCGCUUUAAUUGGCUGCGUAUUUUCAGCAGUUGAAUGUGCCAUCGAAAGUGAAAGGGGAGUAACUGACUGGCGGAAUGGCACUUACGCCGGUGCAGUAACAGGUGGUCUGAUUGGCUUAAGAGCAGGCGUUAAGGCUGGCAUUAUUGGUGCUGCUGGUUUUGCAGCCUUCUCAACAGCAAUUGAUUAUUAUAUGCGAGGCAGAUAAAAUAUAGAAUUUUAUUAUUAUUUAGUUUGUAUAUUGCUAGUAAGAUUUUGUUACAGCUAACUGAUUGCAAAUACAUUUUUAAGUUCAA